AUGCCGCCCAAGAAAACAAAGGAGCUCCAACAAGCCAAGACAGCGCGAGUUUUGCAGAAGAAGAAGGAGCAUUCGGUUGCACGAGCUGGCCGCAAGAAAGCAAUGCAGCCAAGCAAAGCACCAAGGGAGGACGUGCAAGCAUUGACAACUGCACCAGUGCCGCCGGUUAUCAAUCCAUGGGACCAGGCGCAAAAGAUACUCCACGUGAGCUCAACGCCCUUGUGGCUCCCAUGCAGGGAGGAGGAGUUUGCGGAACUGGAGGGGGCCUUGACAGAGUCGAUCUCGGAAUUGAGCGGAUGCUGCUCAUACAUCUCUGGCGUACCCGGAACCGGGAAAACGGCAACGGUCCACAGUGUCAUCAGCUCUUUGCAAGAGAAAUUACGCAAUGGACAGCUCAAUCCGUUCAAGUUCUUUGAAAUCAACGGGAUGAAAGAGUAA